GUGAGUGGUGGUGCGCCUGCGCCCUGUAAACGCGGCGGUGGCAACACGUCUGAGGUAGGGUGGCAGCAACGCUGAUGGGCUCUGCUCCAGGGGUAUAGCUCCAUGAAUAACUUAAACGACCCCCCAAAUUGGAAUAUCAGGCCCAAUGCCAGGGCUGAUGGGGGUGAUGGAAGCAAGUGGAAUUAUGCCCUAUUGGUGCCAAUGCUCGGAUUGGCAGCAUUUCGUUGGAUUUGGUCUAGGGAAUCCCAAAAAGAGAUAGAAAAAGCCAGAAAAGCAUAUCAUCAGAGAACAGCUGCUUUCCAACAGGAUCUUGAAGCCAAAUACCAUGCUGUGAUCUCAGAACACCGGCGCGCUGUGGCUCAGCUGUCUUUGGAACUGGAAAAAGAGCAAAAUAGAACAAGUAGUUUUCGAGAAGCCCUCAUCUCGCAGGGGCGUAAGUUGGCAGAAGAAAAGAAACUUCUCGAACAGGAACGGGCUCAGAUAAAGCAAGAAAAAAGCCGGCUCCAGCCUCUGAGAAAUGUCUAUUUGAGCUGCCUGCAAGAAGAGGAUGACUGGCAGAGGAGAGCCCAGCAUGUGCUGAAAGAGAGCACGUAACGAGUACGCCUGCAGUUUUCUCUGAGGAAAUCUUGUGGCAGUGUUGCUGCUGGUGACAAAUGGUUGAGCCUGAUCAUCUGGUCCAGGACUGACCUCAGGGCACUAGAAAUGCACAGCCUCUUACAGCACGAUUCCAGGACCUACUCCAUUUGUUCUAGUGCUCUGGAAAAGUUUUCCAAAGCAGUUUUGAAAGCUUGCAGCAAAAAAGUACCAAGUUCAUUGCUGGUUUCAUGAAUGUCUGGAUCAAAACUUCCAAAAAGUGGGGUGGAGACCUGGAUGUCCUCCCGGUUAGCUCGAAGCAGUACUGCUCGAAGAUCCUCUGCAAUCACGUCGUAUUUCUGUUGGUCGAAUUUGGACACUGACAGUUCAUCCUGAGGGUAGAUGGCACCCUCGGGGUAGCAGUCCUUUGGUACUGGGAACUCAAUAUGGCGAAGCCUAGGGAGUUCGCAGAGUGCAGCAAAAAGGCGCCGGAGAGCACUGCCUGAGAGCGGGUUUCCAAGAAACUUGAACUGCUGGAGCUGGCUGCAAGGGCUAAGGCCCAGAAUCAUCAUGUUAACAUGGCUGUCUGUGAUGUUGCACUCCUCGAGGGUGAGCACUCUCAGUGUUUGGGCAGCCUGGCUCAGCAGCCUGAAGAAGGUAGAAGGGUACAGGUGUACCAGGUUGUGUCCACUGAGGUCCAGCACCUCCAAGUGGGCAGUGUGGUUACAGUCUGCUAAGAAGGAUAUGUCUUCAUGAUUAAGGGCACAGUUGGCUAGGUCCAACACUCUUAGUGGGGUCUUCAAGGGGCUGUGAGGUAGGCAAAACAUCACAAAUGUUAUGAGGGUCUCAGGUGAGCUGGAGUUUUGGUGGAGGUGAAUAAUCUAACCACUUUUCUAUCUUAGAGAUCACUGACUGCAGCCUGCCAGAAACUCCAGCUGACUUCAUUUCACGUUAGCAUAUGAGUUAAGAAUGAUAUUUUUAAGCAAAAUUUAAAGAGUCAAAAUAAUUGGUGAAAUGUGAAAGUCACAUUUCUUCUAGAAGUCUACAGCUGCUGGGCCUGUUGAGCAGUCAGUAAUUGAACCUAAAAUGGACCAACACCACCUUUCAAGUUAGGUAGAGAAGUUAUGCACCUGAUCUCAGAACCAUCAGAAUAUUGACUGUGAGAACAGCAAAGGAUAGAAUUAGCUUGAAAGAGAGUGCUGCCACUCUGAUGACAAUAGGACCAGUAAUGGUUUUCAGGGCUGAGAAGGAAGUCCAGCAGCCUGAAUGUGGCCUCCAUAACCCUGAAUUCACUAUUCAGCCAGUAUCCUCUGUGGGGAGGUGUGUCUGAAAUAACUUCUCCACCCAGGGGUCAUGAGAAUAUACAUUUUCUGGCACCCUGGACCUUUCUGGGAACACACCCUUCACUGCCCUUAUUAAACAAGACAGUAUGUGGUGGGGUCUUGUUCUGUCCCUACUUACUAACUUGUUCUUGCUGCCUCUCCACUACUUGCCCAUAAAUGAUAACCUAUUAUUGGGACAGUACUCUCCACAUGAAACUACCCUGACUUCAGAACUAACUGGCAGCUACCCUACUACCCUUCUUCAUAGUACAGUUGCUAAGGAGGAGAUUGCAGUACCAGGAUUUCAGGUGUGGCAAUCCAGCUAAACUGCUGACAAGGUUCUCACUAUGCUAAACUACCUUCCCAUUCCUAUCCUGGGAAAAUGUUUUAAGACACUAAAUAUUGGGUAAUUCGUUAUACAACACUAGUCAGUAGAAGAUCUGGUUGUGACUUUUGUGUUGUUUACUUUCUAGUUCCUCUUUCUCAUGUCUUCUUCCUUCUACCUCCUCCUCCCUCCCUCUCUGAUGCUGAGAACUAAAACUAGGGUCCUGCUCGUUGGUAUCAGGAACCAGCUUGCCAGAUUGCCUCUGAACCCAGUGAUGUCACCCAUAGGGAACAGAGACAUGCACAUCUGUUACCAUGGCAAUCACAUUCCCAGAGUCCAUUUCCCACCCUUACCUGUGAGCCUAAAUAAAAGGUAGACCCUUCCUGACCUUUGGCCCUUCUUUCUCUCUUUUCUCCCUUUGUCUCUGUCCACCCCAACCCACCCCAAUAAACCUCUGCCACAUGGAACUGCAUUGGCCUGGUGUGGUCUGUCUGGAUGAGAGCUGCCAUUCCAGCACAACCCUGCUAGUGCUUUAUCACUCAACUACCCUAUACCCUCAGCUCUUGUGUUUGUUUUUGUUUGUUGAAAUAAGCCUCUCUUUGUAGCUGACCUCAAGCACUGGGAUUAUGGGCAAGCCCCAUGGCCGAGUUUUUGUUCAUUGAAAGGCGUCUUCCAAACUGGAUCAGUGUUCUGAUUCUUUCCUAAUGGCUCUUAACUCUUGCUGGUCUGACCAACACAUUCCCAGAGAACAUUGUGUAAACAGAUCCUAUCCCUGUUCCUCAGUGACUCCAGAAUACUUUACCAGGCCCUGUACCCAAUUCUCUGAGACUUACCUAAGCAAUGUUUGGAUCUUCCCAGUGAGUGUAGAGAAAGCCACACUUAGCUCAGUGAGCUGGUUCAUCUGGCUGAGCUCCCAGGCAAUAGAGGUAAGGAGAAGAUCCUCGCCCUCUGGAUCUGGGGCACAAGUUGGGGGAGCAUCGAAGGCCUUGGUGGGCAAGGUGAGUGAGGUCAGCUGAGGGAAGCCCACCUGGGUCAGCAGCUGCUGCACAUGGCCAGCAUGCAGCCGGACAUUGUGUACUACCUCCAACUUUCUAAGGUUGCCUGGCCCAGCCAGGCCAAGAACUUGUAGGAGCUGCCCAGGGCUCAGGCUGUCUGCCCGGAGUGAAGGGCAACAGACCUGCAGAGGUGCUGGGCCUAAUGGCUUCAGGGCCUGCACCACCAUGUCAAAGUUGCCUUCUGUGACAAAGAGGUCAGCAAAGACUUCAAUGGGGUGCCCAGCUGAACAGGGCUGUCCUUGGAGCUGGCAGCAGGUCCUGGCCAGCACCUUGGUACGGCCCCACCUUCCUAGUGCCCUCCCACAAGGACAUUGCUGCACCUGUACGUCCUGGAUGCCGGUGAAAUCAGCUACCCGAAGGCGGUUGCUCCCACUUUUCAGCACAUGGUCAGCUAUGCCCUGCAUACAGGCCUCCAGGCAGGCCUUGCAGGCACGAUCACGCAGGUCUUCAGGGUGGUCAGUGUUUGGCCUCAGUAGCACAGCCAGCCGGAACUCCUCCAGUGGCCAGUGACUCAGCAGAGCACGGGUUACAUCUGCCUGCUCUAGCAGGUAACUGGCCUUGAACAGAAGUGGGUAGAGGUUGUAGGCUAUAUUGUCCAGGUUCUCCUGGACCAGCUGGGAGUGGGACACUAACGCUUCAGCAGAAAUGAAACGAAGCGACCUCAUCGUGCCCCUGGUCAGAGUGGCGCUGUCCCCGAUGUUCUUCCCAAAGUGUGCGAGUGUUGUGGCUAUUUAUAGCUGCUGCUGCUUCUGGACUCAAGCCCAGAAAGUGGUAAACUGGCCCUUGUGGUCAUCUGACUGCUAUUUUGGUCCUUAGGUACCAGUUUGGCAGUAACUGUGGAGGCAUCUGUCUGUCUUAUGGCACCCUGCUGGUGAAAGCAGAGCUGCUUGAUUUUGUUGUCCGAAGUGGGACCACUAAGAGGCUCUAGAUACUUGCACAAGUAGCCUAAGGCUUACAAUACAAAUGGAUAUUCUGCCCAGAUGGGGCCUAUCCCAGUCAAAAGAUCUGAGGGAAGCAAAAUCCUGAACUGCACUUGGAUGGAUGAAACAGUGGUCUUUGGGUAAUACCUAGGGGGUCUUUUUCCUAAUACCUAGGAGUCAGGAAUGCAAGGGCCAGGAAUGUGGGGUAGAUAUCUCAGACAACUCUUUUAAGAAUACUGGCCAUGAAGCUGCAUCAUCUUUUAUCCCCAAGAUCCUUCAUUGCAGAAGUGGGAGAAACAAUUUCACCGAAAAAGAAUACGGACUGGGCCUGGAGAGAUGGCUCCGUGGUUAAGAGCACUGAGUGCUCUUCCAGAGUUCCAGCGUUCAAUUCCCAGCAACCACAUAGUGGUUCAUGACCAUCUGUAAUGGAAUCCCAUGCCCACUUCUGGUGUGUCUGAAGAGAGUGGCAGUGUACUCAUAUACAUAAAUAAACAAAUCUAAAAAUAAAUGUGAUAUGUAUUUCCAGUGACACUCAGUUGGAGAAAACUAAUUUUAAAAGGGUGGGGAGAGAUGGGCUAGUGAAGGUGAUGCUGCAAAUAAAUGCAGGUACCUAUAGGUACCUAUAGGCUGUGGGUUCACAGCCCUAGCAUAGGUAGGUAUUGAGUGGUUAAAUCCUGCACUUUCAUCAUCCCUAUCACCUGGAAUGGGCAGCUCAUAGGUUCCCGUGGUGCCAGCUUUAUAGGAGAGUCAUAAUAGAGAAAGAGAGAGGUAAGAGGCACAGUGGCCAUUCCAGGAAAGUGUCCUGUCCUCAGGUGUACCCCAGUUUUCCUGUGUGACUUUUUUCCCUCCUAAUACAGAGCUUUAUCUCUCCCAGAGACCCUGCCAUCGGCAGAGAUGGGAAUGCGUUGCCAUGGUGGAGCCCCAAGCACUGCUAGGUGGGUAGGAUCUAUAUGGAAGGUAAUCCAUGACAGGAUUUUGCCCUAAUGUCACCCCUUGCCCCCUCCCCAAUCUUAGCCUCUGAAGUAUUACCAUGUCUGCUAAAUAAGAGCCCAAGACCAGUGAUACCAAAUGUCUAUCCUUUAAGGAAUAAACUUUGAAGUACAUGUGGCUAGGUUAUUACUGAUCUAUGUCUAAAUUCACUACUGUAUGAAUCACUUUGAAACACGUUUAGAAAUAUUAGUAUGUAUAGUGAAUUAACAUGUUCCAGGAAUACCUUGAAUUUCCUGCCAUGCUUAUGGAAUUCACAAGUGAAAUGGAUACUUAAACUAUUACACUUAUUUGUGUGUGUACAUGUGUAUGUGUGUGUACCCAAGCACAGGCAUGUGUGUGCCACAGUAUGCAUGUGGAGGUCAGAGGACAGCUUGCAUGCGGUAAUUCUUUCCUUUUAUAAUGUGAGUUCUGGGGAUCUAACUCUGGUUGUCAAGCAGCAAAGGCGUGUGCCUACAAAACCACCUUGUUGGCGCUGAAAUGGAUAAUUUGGCAUCAUAUAUCUGCCUAUGUAAUAAAGUUUGUUUUUUUAUUGAUUCUUUUUGUGAUUGCUUCUCAAAUAAAGUUGUAUUGCAAAACUCA